UUGAGACAGCCAGGCCUUGCAAAUACAUACAGUAGUAGUAGUAGUAGUGUGGUGUUCACGCAGCACACCUGGCAGCGAGGGAACGCGUUCACCAACUGUUGUCAGAGAUGAAGGUGUCAAUCUUUACAGUGGAUGCCUUCACUGAUCAUCCCUUCUCUGGCAACCCUGCAGCGGUGGUACCACUGUUACAGCCUUUACAGGAGGAGUUAAUGCAAAAGUUGGCGGGAGAGAUGAACUUGUCAGAAACUGCCUACGUGAGUCCAGUGGGGGAGGAGGCGGCGAAGGAGGAGCCGUGGGUGAGGUGCUCCAGGUUCUCCCUUCGCUGGUUCUCGCCCACGACUGAGGUGCCUCUGUGUGGUCACGCCACCCUCGCUACCGCCCACGUGCUCUUCAACGAAUUAGGAAACUGCAGGACGCACGUGGAGUUUGAGACUCUGAGUGGAGUGUUGGUAGCCAGGAAGGAUAGUGACAACAUUGUACUGGACUUUCCCGCCAAUACUCCUGUUCCUCUCACUCCUCACCAGGACACUCAGCUCGGCCCCCUCCUCAGAGUGGCGACGGACGGCCUCCAGGUACAGCAAAUGAUGCUUUCCCACACCACCAAGAAGCUCCUGGUGAGGCUGCACCACUCCUGUACCAGGAAACAUUUGGAGAAUCUCCGAAUAGACUCAGGAAGCUUUCUGAACCUACAUGACGGGUCACUGGUUAAGGGCAUCAUCUAUACCCUGCAUGGCGGCCUGCAUGUGUCCAACGCACAGAUCACGGCACCAGACUCUCCCCAGUACCAUUGUCUUUCACGCUACUUCGCUCCCUGGAAUGGUAUACCCGAGGAUCCCGUCACAGGAUCGACCCACACCGUGUUAGGUCCUUACUGGUCAAAGGAACUUGGGAUUACAACACUUAAAUGUCGCCAGUGUUCGCCCCGUGGUGGCGAUUUGUUGGUGACUGUGAGGGGUGACGGACGAGUGGACCUGGCGGGACGAGCCACUACCAUCAUCCAGGGAUACCUCACUCUCACGCCUCCCAUUAAGAGUGGCUAACUACGACCUACCACCACUUGCUUAAACUUUGUAAUUCAAUUAUAGUUCUGGCGCAACAUUACCUCA